GUGUGUGUGUGUGUGUGUGUGUGUGUAUCCCGCAGGGGGUCCUGCAGCCCGGGAGGGAGGGGCCUUAACAGGACCCCGCCCUGCAAGUCCACCCCGCGGUUCUCAUUGGCCAGAGCUCCUGAGCUCCCGGCCAAUCCGACCCGAGGGUCGUAGUGGGAGGCCCUGCCCCCACUCGGAUGCCAGGGGCCACUGCUGCCACCACAGGCCCAGCUGACCCGUGACUGGUGGACGACAUUCUGGACCCUCAUCUGUGGAUGUUAGAUGUGGCAGCCCAGAUGCCCCACACGGAGAAAUGGACGCCACCCUUUGACCCGCGCUUCCCUAACCAGAACCAGACCCGUAACUGCUACCAGAACUUCCUGGACUACCACCGCUGCAUAAAGAACAUGAGCCGUCGGGGAAAGGACUUGCGGCCCUGCGAGUACUACUUGCGUGUGUACCGCUCGCUGUGCCCCAGCAGCUGGGUGCAGCGCUGGACUGAGCAGAUCAAGGAGGGGACCUUCCCAGGCAAAAUCUGAGCGGGCAGCAUCGACCUCAGUGAGCCCAGUUUGUCCCAGAGCCCCCGGGUGACCUCGGCUUUGCAGUCUCUAAUCCGGAA